UGGUGCCCAUAACCUUAUUUUAUGUUGUAUUACAUGAUAAUACCUGUUCUCUGUGACACACAUAAUCAAUUCUUCCUUCAUUUUCGACAUUUUGGUUUCCGCAACAAUUUAAUUUUGUGUUGAAAUUAUUUGUACAAAUUGUAACAUAGUGAAUAUAGCUUUGUGCUACUCAGCAUGGCGAAGUUUGCGACAUUUUUUAUACUUCUUAUGCAGGUGUUUUUGGUAAAUACGUCUGCCGGCAAUGUACCCGCCCCUGGUUUUCGUAUGUUUGGAGGUACUGUCGUCAAUAUUAACGAGGGAAACAUCACCGUCGACAUAUGCGGCUGUAAGCACACAGGUAUCCGUUCCGUCCUAAAUAACAACGAUACAAAGUCAGUUCGGGACUACAAUGUCACCAGCAAUACCGAAUGCCAUCAGUAUGAAAUCGGGUCCAUAGGUGAAGAAACAGAAAUCGCCCAAAAUACAACUGUUAUAAAAAGAUAUCGCGGUGAUUUGGAAGAAAUCUAUCUGGAGUGCUACGAAGGCACAGGACAUUACAAGUUUCUUAAUAACUGUUCAAGUGGUGCUGAGACACGUCCAUGUAAUAUUUCUUGCCCUGUUUCAUACUGCCAGGAAAUCCUUGACGACUUGGAGAAAAAUGACAACUUUAGCUUCGUCAAAGUACUCGACAUCAUACUCAUAAUAUUGGGAGUCUUGAUAACACCGACAAUAAUCUACUUUUGCUAUAAACACGGAGUGCAUUGUCCAAGAAGUACAUCGGAUCACUAUAAAAAUUUUAGGGCCGUUUUUACAAGGAACAGUGGACGAGAAACAACGUUUGUUAAUCCGCCAGAAGAUCCACUGCCAGUAUGACAACCUGAAUCGUUGUUCCAUGUAAAAGUGACACAAAUAUGUGUUUAAAAUUGAACAAACUUCUUCUGUGACUAUAUGUGUACACAACUUUGUUUGAUUCUUUGAAACAGUGAGUUUUUUAGGUACACUUAUCGAUUGUCAUGGAAGUGUAGAGGCAUUAUUUUUUGUUUGAUUAUAGUCUACUGUAAUUCAUACUCAAUGUUUGCUUUUGUAAAUUUACUUACGUAUUAUAUUUAAGAUAACAUAUGUAUUUUAUAUAAUGUAAUGUUCACUGCAGGCGGCCAUUAUGAAUGUAAACAUUUUUUCCGUAUGGAGCAAUAAAUUAAGUAUGUUGAGUAAUGUAGAGACUGUAAAGGAAAUAAUGCCCAUAAGAAUUUAUCCUAACAGUGAACUUUACCAUUUUUUCAAUUACAAUAAUGCUAAUUGCAUUUUAAAUUUAAUUGUUUUAUUGAAAAUUCUGCUGCAUUAUUUUCUCUACAUUUACUCUAGAUGACUGGACACUAUACAAACCUUC